GAAGCUGUGUUUGAUAAGAAGAAGGGAACAGUCUGCCUGAAAACAUUCAAUCUGUACAAAAAAUUACUGACCUUGUCAAAAGGAGGCAAUGAACAAGUGGUGGCUCUGCUGAACGAGAUCCGAGACGUGAACGUGGAGGAGGAGACGGUGCGAUACGUCGGGAAGGGUUACCUGGUGGUGCUGCGCUUUGUCACCGGCUUUUCACACCCCCUGACCCAGAGUGCAGUGUUGGGGUGCAAAAGUGAUGUGGAGGCAGUUGCCAAACUCAUUACUAGUUUUCUGGAACUGGACAGAGUAGAGAGCCCACAAGAUCUCUCUCAGAGCAGCGAAAGUGAUGCAGAUGAAGCACAGGAUAAAUACUAA